AUGGCAACUAUCAGCACAACUGCGACUAUUCAGUCGAAACCUCAGCAGGCCUGCCCGAAAUCGGGAACAGACGGUACGACAGCGGGCGAUACGACUCCCUGCACGCCCUGCAAGGAGGAUGUUGGCUGGCGAAAGAUAGUCAGAAACUUCACCCCAUCAUGGUUUGCGGUUACAAUGGGCACAGGCAUCGUGUCAAUUCUCCUCCAUAACCUGCCUUACAACGCGACUUGGAUUUCUCACGGCCUCGCUGUCGCGUUCUUUAUUCUCAACGUUGGUCUUUUCACAAUAUUUACGGGCAUUACUGUCUUGCGUUAUGCACUUUAUCCCGAAAUUUGGAAGGCGAUGGUUAUCCAUCCAGCCCAGCCAAUGUUCCUUGGCUGUUUUCCGAUGGGAUUUGCAACUAUUAUCAACAUGAUGAUAUUCGUCUGCGCUCCAGCCUGGGGUAAGUGGGUUGUUUCAUGGGCUUGGGGCUUCUGGUGGCUUGACGCUGCUCUAUCUCUGGCAACUUGCAUCACUGUACCGUUUGUCAUUCUUCCUCCCAAAGAAGCCAUCGUCUCGGUCUUUCUGCCAAUCGGUCCAUUGGGCCAAGGCGGCUUUGGCAUUCAGCAACUGGGCAAAGUGUCCCUCAAACUCCUUCCCCAGUCAACAGCCUUCACCACUGCGUCGCCCGGUGCCGUACACGGCGGGGAGAUUCUCUACUUCCUGGGCAUUUUCCUCGCCUUGAUUAUGUGGGGCUUCGCGCUGGUCUGGUUAUCUUUUGCUCUCAUCAGCAUUGUGACGAUGCAAAAGUUCCCGUUCAACAUGGGCUGGUGGGGUUUCACGUUUCCGUUGGGUGUGAUGGCAACCUGUACCGGCAUGCUGGCGCAGGACUUGGACAGCACGUUCUUCAGAGUCACGACCAUGAUUUUCUCUCUUUCCGUAUGUCUCCUAUGGCUGUUAGUUGCAGUCAGAACGCUGCACCAAGCCAUUUCAGGAGAGAUAUUCUUUGCUCCCUGCUUGAAAGAUAUAAGGGAUAAGCAGGCCCAAGCAGGAUCAGACCGCAGAGUAUGA